AUGAAUUUUGAGAAUAGUGUGUAAUUUAUGUAGAAAUCAGAAGCUUGUUUAAAUUACGAAUUAAUUUAAGCACCUUUUGUACCAAAUACUUUUUCAUUAUGGAGAGAUGUGAUAUAUGAAAAUAUAGAUUCUGAUAAAUGGUUUGAGUUUGUGAAACAGAUAGAUAAAUAACUAUUUUUAAAAUAUUUGGAGAAGGUCAGAGAAGCAUAUGGAAGGAAAUUUACAUAUUAAGAUUUAAAGUUAAAUAUAAGAUAUGAGAUAGAUGUUUAAAAGUUUGAGAAAAUAUUUGAAAAUGAUUUAAGUAUUAGAAUAUGAAAAAAUAUCAUAGAAAAAUAGGUAGAUACAAUAACAAUUCAUCUUUCAGAUUAUUAAACUUAGGUUGAAUAUGCUUAUGAUUUAUUAAGAAGAAUACAUACAUAUAAAUUUGUAGAAUACAAUUUUUAAUAAUUUUAAACUUGGCAGAAAGAUUAAACUUUGUAUUAGAAAUAUUUAGAUAAAAUAGUAAUAAUAAUAUUAAUAAAAACAUAUAGAUGAAAGGAUUUAUUUCAAAUGUUUAAGAAAUUGCAAGUGAAAAAAUAAAGGAGUUCUGUGCAACUGGAUUGAUAAAAAAUAAUUCAUUUAUUGAAUCAGGAAAAUCCUUUUUUAAAUAAUUUAUAUUUAAUGGAGGAACUGUAAUGACUAAAUUGAGUAAUUUAAAUUUUGGAAUAUUAGUAAUAAAUAUAAUUCUAAAACUUAGAUUGGUGGAAUAAUAGCAGAAUAAAUAGUAAGUAAAGUGGCAUAUAAUGUAAUGAUAAAUAGAAUAAGUUGUAAAUUAGAGUUAUUGUAAAUGGAAUUGAAUUAGAUGACAGAUAAAUUAAUAUAAAUUAAUUCAGAUUUUGAUAAUUUGAUAUAUAGAGUAGUUGAACAAUUUCCUAAUAAUUUUGAAUAAAAUAAAACAUGUAAUCAAAUUUGAAUUGAAUGAAGUUAUUUAAGCAUUUGUCUAAAAGAAUUACAAAGUAAAUUUAGGAUCUGAUGUAAUUUAUUGUCCAGACACUAAUACAAUUAUUUAAAAACAAGUAGAAGAAGAUUGUAUAUUGUUAAAUGAAGUGGAAUAUAAUUUACCACUUUAAGAAUAAAU